AUGCUAAUGCAAAGAUUAAGACACAGCUGGAGACGACGGAACCAGCAAAAACCACACCGCUAUACAGAUAGACAAAGAUACGAUCACACUGCUAUACAGGGACCAUACGACCACACUGCUACACAGACAGAGAUACGACCACACCGCUACACAGACAGAGAUACGACCACACUGCUACACAGACAGAGAUACGACCACACCGCUACACAGACAGAGAUACGACCACACUGCUACACAGACAGAAAUACGACCACACCGCUACACAGACAGAGAUACGACCACACCGCUAUACAGACAGAGAUACGACCACACCGCUACACAGACAGAGAUACGACCACACCGCUACACAGACAGAGAUACGACCACACUGCUACACAGACAGAGAUACGACCACACUGCUACACAGACAGAGAUACGACCACACCGCUACACAGACAGAGAUACGACCACACUGCUACACAGACAGAGAUACGACCACACCGCUACACAGACAGAGAUACGACCACACCGCUACACAGACAGAGAUACGACCACACCGCUACACAGACAGAGAUACGACCACACCGCUACACAGACAGAGAUACGACCACACCGCUACACAGACAGAGAUACGACCACACCGCUACACAGACAGAGAUACGACCACACCGCUACACAGACAGAGAUACGACCACACCGCUACACAGACACGUAACAGAGAAAACAGUAGUGUCUGUACCGUGCUUCGUACUUCAGGAAAUUAAUUCUGGUAAUUUGCACGAGGGAGUCGAGCCCCCAUGA